AUGUCCCCAUCUGACUUCUUGGAUAAACUGAUGGGCAGAACAUCAGGUUAUGAUGCUAGGAUCAGACCCAAUUUUAAAGGUCCCCCAGUAAAUGUUACCUGCAACAUAUUUAUCAACAGCUUUGGCUCAAUAGCUGAAACCACAAUGGACUACAGAGUAAACAUCUUCUUGCGUCAGAACUGGAACGACCCGCGGCUCGCCUACAGCGAGUUUCCGGACUCCUCCCUGGAUCUAGACCCUUCCAUGCUGGAUUCCAUUUGGAAGCCUGAUCUGUUCUUUGCCAAUGAGAAGGGUGCAAACUUCCACGAUGUUACCACUGACAACAAACUUCUGAGAAUCUUCAAAGAUGGAACUGUCCUUUACAGUAUCAGGCUGACUUUAAUCCUGUCUUGUCCAAUGGAUCUGAAAAACUUCCCCAUGGAUGUGCAGACAUGCACCAUGCAGCUGGAAAGCUUUGGCUAUACCAUGAACGACUUGAUAUUUGAAUGGAAGGAUGACAGCCCUGUGCAGGUUGCAGAGGGCCUGACCCUACCACAGUUCAUCUUAAAAGAUGAGAAAGAACUGGGAUACUGCACCAAGCAUUACAACACAGGUAAAUUCACCUGUAUUGAGGUGAACUUCCAUCUGGAGAGACAGAUGGGCUACUACCUGAUCCAGAUGUACAUUCCCAGCCUGCUCAUCGUCAUCCUGUCCUGGGUGUCCUUCUGGAUCAACAUGGACGCCGCGCCGGCCAGAGUGGCGCUGGGCAUCACCACCGUGCUCACCAUGACAACACAGAGUUCAGGCUCGCGCGCAUCUCUGCCAAAAGUCUCCUAUGUGAAGGCCAUAGAUAUCUGGAUGGCGGUGUGCCUGUUGUUCGUAUUUGCUGCCCUGCUGGAGUAUGCAGGAGUAAACUUUGUCUCCCGGCAACAGAAGGAGUUCCUGCGCUUAAAGCGAAGACAGAGAAGAAACAAGGAUGACGAGAGUCGUCUGAACUUCUCAGGCUACACCAUGGGCCCCUGUCUGCAGAUGAAGGACGGCAACGCCAUAAAGAGCGCCACGCCCAACGCAGUGCAGACGGGCCCCACACAGAAGGAGACAGAGAUCAUCAAGAAGAAGUUUGUGGACAGGGCCAAGAGGAUCGACACGGUGUCUCGAGCUGCCUUUCCCCUCGCCUUCCUCAUUUUUAACAUCUUUUACUGGAUUACGUACAAAAUCAUCAGACACGAGGACAUCUACAAAAAGUAGCGCUGCCAACCAGCGGGAUCUGCCAAAAACAAAACAAAAAAAAAGGUAGCAGCUAUUGGUGGUCAGUUUCUCUAGGGGGAGGAUCGUGUCUGAGACAGGUCGUCAGUGGACCUCCACGUAGAGGGGAACAAGUGAUGUGAAAUUUGUUUUCUCUUUGGGAUAACACGUCUGGGUUUAGCUUUCUGAGGAGACGGACAGAGUCCCACACAGUGCACUGUUUCUGAUGAGAUGUGAUAGCAGUCAGGAGCCUUGGUCUGCAGGCUGGUUAAACUGUUUAAGUACAGACGAGCCAAAUGUUGUGUGAGAUCACCGCCAUUGUAUUAUAUUGCAUUGAAAUGACCAACAUUCCGAGAGUUUGUACGAGCAGAAACCUAAGAUCAGGAAGGUUUGCUUUUUAACGAGGGGUUUCCUACAGCGGAUGAUUACACUGUUUUCUACAGCUGCACAACAACUGUUUUUACAGACUGAUCAGUAAGGCCUAAUUUGUCCAUUCACUAUAGUGAAAUACUGCUGUCAUUUCUGUUAGAAACCUAAAGCCUUAGAUAUUAUACGCAAGAUCAAACUGUAU